AUGUUUGGCUCUUCUAUGGCUGCCUUCUUGGCUGCCUUCUGGCUGCUCGCCUCGAUGCUUCUCAACAUCGACACCACCCCAAACCUUUUCCACGCGGCGCUGACCCUCUUUAUGCUUGCAACCUCGUAUUUCCUGUCGUCGUACCGCUCCAUGCAGACCGAACUUGACGCGGCAAGGACGGAUGCGGCGGAAGAACGCGUGUCCAUGCAGGCAGAGCUUGACGCAGCAAGGACGGAUGCGGCGGGCAUGCAGGCCGAGCUUGACGCGGCAAGGACGGAUGCGGCGGAAGAACGCGUGUCCAUGCAGGCAGAGCUUGACGCGGCAAGGACGGAUGCGGCGGGCAUGCAGGCCGAGCUUGACGCGGCAAGGACGGAUGCGGCGGGCAUGCAGGCCGAGCUUGACGCGGCAAGGACGGAUGCGGCGGGCAUGCAGGCCGAGCUUGACGCGGCAAGGACGGAGCUCGAUAAGACGGAGCUCGAUAAGCUGCGCUGGCGGGACCUCGCGAAUGAUAUGAAGAACAGGCUAUACCGCGCAAUGUACGGAAGCAGCAGCGAAUCUUGGCCACCACACCGGGAGCUGUUGAUAAGCUAG